AACCCGACCAGGGAGCGGGGACGGCAGCCACGCCCGGGGACGGGGAGGACGGCAGCGCUGGGGACAAGGACACUCGCGCCCCGUGCCCUCCCCCGGCGCCCGCGGUCGGCCAUGGGGAACGGCAUGAGCCAGAUCCUUCCUGGCCUCUACCUUGGGAACUUUGUCGAUGCCAAAGACCUGGAGCAGCUAAGCCGGAACAAGAUCACCCACAUCGUUUCGAUCCAUGAAUCCCCCCAGCCCCUGCUGAAGGAUAUUACCUACCUCCGCAUCCCCCUGCCUGACACCCCUGAGGCCAACAUCAAGAGGCACUUCAAGGAAUGCAUCAGUUUUAUCCACCAGUGUCGCCUGCAUGGAGGGAACUGCCUCGUCCACUGCCUCGCUGGCAUCUCCCGCAGUACCACCGUGGUCGUUGCGUACGUCAUGGUCGUCACGGAGCUGAGCUGCCAGGAGGUGCUGGAUGCCAUCAGAACCAUCCGGCCCGUCGCCAACCCCAACCCUGGCUUCAGGCAGCAGCUGUCUGAGUUUGGUGGCAGCGCAGCCCGCAAGGUCCGCAGGCACCUGAAGCAGAGGUAUGGGACAUCCCCUUUCAAUGAUGAGGAAGAAAUAAAGGCCUUGCUGCCAGCAGGGAGAGAAGGAACAUCCAGGACGGAGGGAGCUCAGCAAGGACUGGUCCCAAGAGCCAGAGACAUCAGAAGCACAAGUCCCUUCCUGCUGCGGGUGAAGAGGACGUUCUCCUGCAUCCCAGCUUGUCUGAAGUGCAACAGCAGGGAAUGGGCGCCCACCCCUUCCCUCCACCUGCGGCACAGGCCGGGCUGCAGGUCGAUCACCCAGGACUCUGCAGUAGCCAAUGAGCAACAGAAAGAGCCUAAAAUCUCCAUUGGUGUACAUGGGUGCACUGACUGUGAGGGCAUGAAACCCCUGGGAUGCCUUUGUUGGGGGUCCCUCCCGGAGUCCCACCGCUGUACUGCUCAAUUACUGCACCACUUGUUCCUGAACUCGGACGUCAGACACCGCUGCGGGAAACCCGAGGCAAAGAAAAAAUUUAAGAACCGUCCCCUCUGUCGUGGGGCAGCCAGAGCCGGCAGCGUGGGCCGGGAAAAGGAAAGUGAAAGCCGGAGCCGCUUUCGGUUUCGGCGCCGGGCCGCGAUGGCGGAGCCGGGGGCGCCCAUGCGGCUGAAGGAGUGGCUGAUCGCGCAGAUCGACAGCGGCCGGUACCCGGGGCUGCGCUGGGAGAACCGGCACCGGACGCUCUUCCGCAUCCCCUGGAAGCACGCGGCCAAGCAGGAUUACCGGCAGCAGCAGGACGCCGCGCUCUUCAAGGCUUGGGCCAUCUACAAAGGGAAGUACCAGGAAGGGACGGACAAGGCUGAUCCCUCCACCUGGAAGACUCGUCUCCGCUGUGCCCUCAACAAGAGCACCGACUUCCAGGAGGUGCCUGAGCGGAGCCAGCUGGAUAUCUCUGAGCCUUACAAGGUGUACCAGAUCGUGACUGACAGAGCCUGUGAUGCAGAGGACAGUGACACCCAGUCCCCAGGCAGUGAGGACCAGCAGGGCAGCACUGCAGGGAGUCCAAAGAAGGAGGAAAGCCAGAAAGACACACUGGAGACAGACCACGGAUCUCCACAGCCCCUGCUCUCUGCCCAUCCAACUGAGAGAGGCCAGGAGAGCACCUGGGAGUCCUCGAGGACAACUGCCCAUGGCCCUUUACCGCCUCAUCUCUGCCCUGGUCCAGGGUACCUCGUGAGGGGAGUCUUCUACAGCUGGAACCCAACCCAUGGCCAGUUCCUCCCUAGACCCCAGUCCUACCUCCCUGUGGAAGAUGUCAACAACUCAGAUUGCUGGCUCCACAUCCGUCUCUACUACUGCGAUGUGCUGGUGAAGGAGGUGACCACCCGCACGGCCGAGGGCUGUCGCAUCACCAGCCGUGCCGUGCCGGCCGACAGCGAGCGCCUCUAUGGCCCCUCCUGCAUGGAGCAGAUCGAGUUCCCCCCGCCGCAGGCACUCAGCGGCCACGGCCACGCGGCCGUCAUGGCCAACGUGCUGGAGCGGCUCCUGCCCCACCUGGAGCGCGGGGUGCUGCUGUGGGUAGCGCCCGAGGGGGUCUUCAUGAAGCGCCAGUGCCAGGGCAGGGUGUACUGGAACGGGCCACUGGCCCCACACAGGAACUGGCCCAACAAGCUGGAGAGGGAGAAGACCUACAAGCUGCUGGACACGCAGCAGUACCUGCAGCAGCUGCGGGAGUACCUGAGCAAUGGGCAGCUCAUGCCGCAGUACCAGAUCCACCUGUGCUUCGGGGAGGAAUACCCCACCAGAGCCGGGCACCCCUUCCAGAAGCUCAUCAUGGCCCACGUGGAGCCGGUGUUCGCACGGGAGCUCUUCCAUCACGCCCAGCGCUUGAGGCCAACGCUGCUCCGCAACUCCCCCCAGCCCUGUGCCCCUGGCACCUCCAGCCACGUUAUUCAUGUCCUCAAACAGCUCUGCCAGCCCUGAGCCGGGCAGGAGACGAGAGCUCAGUCACCAUAAAGUCUCAGAGCAGGAGGCUCUGAGCCCCACGGCCUUACUCCAGCUGCGUGUCCCUAGGCAGAGUGCACGGGGUGCUCAGCGUGAGGAACCAGAUGCAGGCAGGUUCUGGUCAGGGUGGGCAGGCACUGCUGCCCUCAUGAGUGCUGUAUUUAUUGCCCAGGAGGUCCCCAGGUGGGAUUUGCUGUGUGCCUGUUCAGCCAGUCGGGGCAGAGCCAGCUCCAUCCUUGCACCACCAGGACUUGCCAUUUGUGAAACUUAGAAAUAAAAGUUGUGUUUUGGUACCAGU